AUGUCACAUCAGAAUCGACCUAAGAAAUGGAAUGAUGUAUCAUUAGAAUUAAUAAAAGAUCCAGAUAAUUUUCAAAUAUGGCAAAAAUUAAUUGAAUCAGCUGAAUAUAAUGAUAGACAAGGUAUAUCAAAAUCAACAUCACCAAAUAAAUUAAAUCAAUUAAGAAUAAGUUAUGAAAAAUUUUUAGAUAAAUAUCCCUUGAGUUAUAUAUAUUGGAUUAAAUAUGCUGAUUGGGAAUUUAAAUUAGGAAAUACUGAAUUAUCUUUAGCAGUAUAUGAAAGAAGUUUUACUCAUUUAAAAUAUUGUAUUGAAUUAUGGAUAUCUUUUUUAAAAUUUAAAAUUAAUACUAUUGGUAAUAAUGAAGAAGAGAUUUUGGGGUUGUUUGAAAAAGCAAGAGGUUUAAUUGGUUAUCAUUUUUAUGCUUAUGAAUUUUAUAAUUUAUAUUUAUCAUUUCUUGAAAAUUAUUCAACUGAAGAAAAUCAAUUUAAACGUAAAUAUUAUAUUUUAUUAAGAUUGAUUCUUGAAAUUCCAUUAUAUCAUUAUGAGUACUUCUUCAGGAAAUAUUUUGAUGUAAUAAGUCAAUUAAAUGAUCCAAAAUUUCAAGAAAUUAUCAAAUAUAUUGUACCAGAAAGAGAUCAAAAAAAAAAUCCAAAAAUUUUAGCAGUUCAACUCAAAAAAUUAUUUAUUGAUGCAUAUAUAACAACUCAAUUUAAAGUAUAUGAAUUAUAUCAAUUUGAAAAAAAAAUAACAAAACAUUUUAAUGAUUUUAAAUUUAUAUCAAGACAAAAUUUAGAUAAUUGGAAUUUAUAUUUUGAUUUUUUGCAAUUAAAGCAAUAUCCCUUUGCAUAUAUUGAAAUGAAUUAUUGGAGAUUUGUAUAUAUUACAUGUGCUUAUCCAAGUUGUUGGAUUAAAUUAUCUGAUUUUUAUAAUUAUCAUUUAAAUUAUAAUAUUUCAAAACAAGUAUUAAUUCGAGGUUGGAAAAUAACUGGGAAUUACAAGAUAUUAAUUAAAUUAAUUGAUUUGGAAUUAUUUAUGAAACAAUAUCUUAGAGCAAAAGAUUUAAUAUUAAAUUAUUUAAAAUAUAAUAUUUCAAUACCUAUACCAAUUUAUGAAAAAUUAAUUAAUAUAGAAAGAAUUUUUAAUAAAGAUGAUGAUCAUUUAAUUGAAGUAUUUAGGAUGAUUAUACAAGAUACUCAAAAUGAUUGGUUUUUCAAUGUACUAACUUAUUAUUCUAUUAAUAACGAUAAAAAAUUAAAGCUACUAGAAGAGUUUAAAGAAUUUAAAGGUCAAUUGUAUUAUGACAAAGUAAGUGAACUACUAUCACCAUCACGAAUUACACCAAAAAUCAGCGAUUUCAAAGAAGAUUACCGAAAACUAAUCAAUAAUUAA